ACCAGCUCCAAGACAUAAAAGGAAGACUAAAAUGACAAUAGCCGUAUACUUAGUAAAGAAUAUUGAAGUUUUCUAACUCAAUACCAACAUGAAGAUAUCAUACAAGUACACAACUGAUAAGUUACAAGAGGUCAAUUAGUUAUCUAUUUAAGCGUAUGCUUAAUGUAAAUGCUACAGUUCAGUUUACAAUUUACAAGAAGUUACAACGUAUGAACGUAUUGCUAUCUAUAAUGAAGCUUUCUGUAGUCUUUGUAUUUUGUUUUGUAUCAACAAUACUGUAUUCAGUGGAAGGUGGUUUGGUGAAAGAUUUUUUUGGGAAGGUGAAAGAAACAGCUGAAGUUGUACAUAAAGAUGUUCAUAAGAUCUGGAGACCUGAAAGUGGUAAAUCUGACAACGCAGAGCAUACAGUGACUACUCCGGUUGCUAUUAGUGCAGCCAAGGAUCAUGUUGAAACAGAUGAAAAGAAAGAUGGAAAUGACAAGGUAGAUGAGAACAAGAAAGACGUGAAGGUAUCUGAAAUAACUACACCUUCAAUCACUGCGACUGAACACAAAGAAAAGGACGAGAAACAUAUAGAAGCAACAACAGCAGCAUCUGUAAAUUCCGAAACCACAACCAAAAAAGAUGAAAGAGCGAACUUUUCUGGAGCAUGCCAGGCUAAUUAUAGACGUACCGCCGACGGUCGCUGCAAGCUGGUCGGUGCUUGAGAGUCGAAAUCAUAAAUACAUAAAUAAAAUAAAAUAAAUACAUAAAUGAUGGUUCACGUUACGCUAUGCAGUGCCAUACUCGGAUGCUAGCCGAAUUUUAGUCUAUAUAAUUGCCUGGUCUUCGUUCGAGGUUUUCGGAUACAACAUCAAUAAUCAAUAAUUUAAUCUGCAUAAUAUUCAUGGUAUCUAUUUACCACAAGUCACGCACGGUUCCUGUUCAUAUGUUAUUAUAAACAAACAAUAAACGAAUAACUUUCUAGCGUGAAUCAUUCGUAUAAUUAGAGUCUACUCAAAAUAAAUGUUUGAAAAUUAUUUUACACUAUAUACGAUUUUUUUUAUGUACAAUACAUGUGUGUUAUAUGUACAUGUAAGUACCUUUUAUUGGGUGAUUAAAGGAUCUGUAUGUAAAGUUAAAGAAAUAAAAUGAAUAUGUAUUUCUACAA